CCCAAGAAGGCGGCUCUGUUCACAACUGAGCAUGCGCAGACCACUGGCAGGCUACACGAGUUUAUUUUCAGCGUUUUCCUCCAAAGAGGCUCUCCGCCGCUAGCUAAAGCGGCCAUUGCCGGAGGAAUGACAAGGUUUUCCCUGGGUUCCUCAAGGAAUAUCGACUGUUCUGCUGACGCGGACACUAAAUCCCCGUGUCAAGUCACCGGCAGGACGAAAGGGGAAGAAGACAUGGCCGCCAGCGGUUACUCCGACCUGAGGGAGAAGCUGAGGUCGAUGCCUCCACACAGAGACGAGCACGAGACCAGCAACGGGAGGGGGCGGAAACGCCGGCACCGCGAGUCCGACGAUGACGACUGCGAGCACAGCGACGACAGCGCCGAGCACCGGGAGCUGGAGGCCCAUAGAGUGAAGAGCAGCAUCCUUCAGAAGAGCAUCUUCACGCCGGAGGAGUGCGUCCGAAUCGAGGAAAAGAUCGACCAAGUGGUGGCCAAAGGGGAAGCCGGACUGUACCGCGAGCACACAGUGGACCGGGCGCCCCUCCGCAACAAGUACUUCUUCGGGGAGGGCUACACGUACGGCGCCCAGCUGGAGAAGCGCGGUCCGGGGCAGGAGCGGCUGUACCGCAAGGGUGAGGUGGAUGACAUCCCGAGCUGGGUGCACGAGCUGGUCAUCCAGCGGCUGGUGUCCAGCGGGGUGAUACCGGAGGGCUUUGUCAACAGUGCCGUCAUCAACGACUACCAGCCCGGGGGUUGCAUCGUUUCGCACGUCGACCCCCUGCACAUCUUUGCACGGCCCAUCGUGUCCGUGUCCUUCUUCAGCGACAGCGCGCUCUGCUUCGGCUGCCGCUUCCAGUUCAAGCCCAUCCGGGUGUCCGAGCCGGUUUUUGUGCUGCCGGUCAGGAGAGGCAGCGUCACGGUCCUCAGUGGUUAUGCUGCGGAUGACAUCACCCACUGUAUCAGACCCCAGGACAUCAAGGAGAGGCGUGCUGUCAUCAUCCUUCGGAAGACCAGACCCGAUGCCCCCAGACUUGACUCCGACAGCCCUUUAAGCUCCGCUCCCACAGAGAGACCCGCUCCCCUCAAAGCCAAACGCUCUCAUCGGAAAGCGGACCCAGACGCCGCACACAGGCCAAGAGUCCUAGAGAUGGACAAGGAGGAGAACAGGCGUCCGUCGUCCUUCAGCCAGAGGCGUCACAGCAUCACUUCGGACGACCACAGGAAGCGAGAGCACGACUAUGACAAACACAGAGAGAGCUCCGCGCGCAAAGUAAAGAUGAGACGCCACUGAGGAUCGCACCCGACACGUUUCUUUUUAGGUGUUCUGAUCUUCUCUCUCCGCUUCAGUUGUAGCCCAGCAGAAAGCACAGUACUCAUUUCUUUGUUUCUGUCAUCACUUCUACUUCUCAUUCACCUUCAAUUGAAACAUUGUUUGAGAGAGGCACAGAGUUUGGCAUGUUUUUGUUGAUAAGGGAGGUGUAAAUACCUUCCAAGCGAAAGUACUUGUAAAUAAUAAAGGAAUCUGAGCUGUAAUCUACCUUGUACAAUAACGUUUGUGUAGCCUUUGAGUGAGGGAACUUUUAUGAUGAAAGACACCUUAGUUCUUUUCCACAUCCUCAAACAUUUAUGACCUCUACCUUUUUCUUUUUCUUUCUCAGCAAACACCAUUUUAGAUUAUGGAAAAUGUGGGCCUUGUUUCUCGAAGCGUGUGAGAGGCCAUGUUGCUUUUCUGUAUUAAAUCAGAAUGUUCCUCAUCA